AGAGAACAAAACAAAGAAAAAAAGAGAAGAAAUGAAUGACAACGAAGCUAUGGAGCCGCAUACGGAAACACGUGAAGCGUCAGCAGCCCCAGAUCCUGAGUUGGAUGUAGGCAGUGAACACUUUAACCCACUGCGAGCGCUCUAUGAGCCAAAUUAUAAAAUAACAGAUGUACCUCCGAAAGUGCUGUAUCAAAACCUAGCCGCUUUCGAGAGUGCUCUUAAAAAGUUUGGAGUAUGGCAACUGAACAAGAGACAGAAAUCUGGAACGUCGGCGGGACCUGGCCAAGCAGACCAAAAGUCUUCUUUGCCUUGCACUUCCAAGACUGUGAUGGUGCUGGAAGAAGCUCCCCAGCGUCGUUUUGAGCCCCAUCAAAUGCCAAUGGUCAGCACUGUAAACAAGAAACAUCAGCGGAAUAUUUUUACAUACAUGGAGACGACGGUGGGCCCCCUGGAACUGUUGAAGAAAUGCAUAGUCGCACCAGCUCUAGAGAACAAUUCAAAGAUCCGCGUGCGGGUGGUAAUCCGCAAAGAGCGAGAGAUAGGUGGCAGGGUCGAAGGCGAAUUGGUGGCCUACGAUAAACAGUGGAAUCUCCUCUUGAGGAAUGCCACAGAGACAUGGAAGCGGCGAAAAUACAAUUUUGGAGAGCAGAAACUUUGUGGAGCGCCUGUUGAUUGCAGUGCUCGACUUAGGGAUUUAGGAAUAGUUCUACCCACAGUAGAGGUGAAGAGCUUGAAUCGAAAGAAUGUGCAGGUUAAACGGGACCUGCCACAGGUUUUAAUACGAGGGGAAAAUGUGGUACUAAUAAGUUUAAUUGAUUAAGAUGAAGACAACUA